AUGAGGGAAUGCAUCUCAGUCCACAUCGGCCAAGCUGGCGUCCAAAUCGGGAAUGCGUGUUGGGAGCUGUACUGCCUCGAGCACGGCAUUCAGCCCGAUGGCCAAAUGCCUUCGGACAAGACCCUGGGCGGCGGAGACGACUCCUUCAAUACAUUCUUCAGUGAAACCGGAGCGGGCAAGCACGUGCCCAGGGCGGUAUUCGUCGAUCUGGAACCUACUGUUGUUGACGAGGUCCGCACAGGUACCUACCGCCAGCUAUUCCACCCGGAGCAGCUGAUCACUGGCAAAGAGGACGCGGCGAAUAACUACGCGCGCGGACACUACACCAUCGGCAAGGAGAUUGUGGACGUCGUGCUCGACAGGAUCAGGAAACUCGCCGAUCAAUGUACCGGCCUGCAGGGCUUCCUGGUGUUCCACUCGUUCGGCGGCGGCACUGGCUCCGGCUUUACGUCGCUGCUGAUGGAGCGCCUCUCCGUCGACUACGGCAAGAAGUCCAAGCUCGAGUUCUCCAUCUACCCGGCGCCACAGGUAUCAACAGCAGUGGUGGAGCCGUACAACUCGAUCCUGACGACGCACACAACGCUCGAGCACUCGGACUGCGCGUUCAUGGUGGACAACGAAGCCAUCUACGACAUCUGCCGGAGAAACCUCGACAUUGAGCGCCCCACCUACACCAACCUUAACCGGCUCAUCGGCCAGAUCGUGUCGUCGAUCACGGCGUCGCUGCGGUUCGACGGCGCGCUGAACGUGGACCUGACGGAGUUCCAGACCAACCUGGUUCCGUAUCCGCGCAUCCACUUCCCGCUCGCCACGUACGCGCCCGUCAUCUCCGCGGAGAAGGCAUACCACGAGCAGCUCACCGUCGCCGAGAUCACCAACGCCUGCUUCGAGCCCGCUAACCAGAUGGUGAAAUGCGACCCCCGUCACGGCAAAUAUAUGGCGUGCUGCAUGCUGUACAGAGGAGACGUGGUGCCGAAGGAUGUGAACGCAGCCAUCGCAACAAUCAAGACCAAGAGGACCAUCCAGUUUGUCGACUGGUGCCCCACGGGAUUCAAGGUGGGCAUCAACUACCAGCCGCCCACCGUGGUGCCGGGCGGCGACCUGGCCAAGGUGCAGCGCGCCGUCUGCAUGCUGUCCAACACCACCGCCAUCGCUGAAGCUUGGGCCAGAUUGGAUCACAAGUUUGAUUUGAUGUACGCCAAGCGCGCUUUCGUGCAUUGGUAUGUCGGCGAGGGAAUGGAGGAGGGUGAGUUCUCCGAGGCCCGCGAAGACUUGGCCGCCCUAGAGAAGGACUACGAGGAAGUCGGCGUUGACUCCACGGAGGGAGAAUUGGAUGAAGAAAACGAAUAUUAA